AUGCCCAAGUUGCCAUCUACUCCGCCGUCCCAGUCCGUACGAUGUCUUCUCCAAGCUCCGCGGCCGUCGAUUCCUCAUUCUAGCCCUCGCCAGCACUUUGUGUGUGCUCCCAUCCGGCCGCUGGCGCAGCCGCGGCAGGGCAUCCUCAAUGACCCUUGGCCAACGCCGGCGCCGCCCACGCUCUUCUCGCAGACGGACCAUAAAGCUUCAAUUGAUGGACUGAACGGGGAGCCGAAAAAUGAUCACAAGCCACCUGAUGAGCGAAUCCUGAAGCUUGGAAAAACCCUUCGCACUCUUUCGCCGCUUCUACCGACUCUACUUAUCCACCCAUUACCACCGGACAUUCUUGCCCCCAGUAUCACACUCCAUUUAUUUCCGUCAACCCACCCGCACCUUCCGACGGUGAAAGGUCGGACGUUAUACCGGGCAGCGCUGUGGACAGUCCCCGUGGCAUGGAGCAGCCUACCACUAGUCGGGAACGUGAAGCUUCAGAUCCUCAGCGAGCGAAUCGUACGUGCAGGCACCGUCCUCGACCCCGAGGGGAGCAGCGACAGCGACAGCGGAGACGAGCGGCUGGUCGUACGGUGGAAGACCGAGCGCAGGAGCGAGGGAAACACCGAUCGACCGGUCAGCGCAUGGAGCGAUUCCGGCGACAGCGCAGCAUCGGAGAAUCUCAGCCACGCUUCCGCAAAGAACGGCAUCAACAAAGGUCUCAGCGUGCUUCUGGGCGGCGAUGCCCCGAUCUUCAAACUUUCGAACGAGGAACAGUUCACCGGUCUGUUCAUCUUUUCCUUUGACGAAGAGGGGCGUAUCGCUUCGCAUACCAUUGAGCAUGCGGAUGAUGCGAACGGGUGGGACCGGACGCCCAAGUUCGUCACCUUGGCCGACUGGCUCAUUGGGAAGGCAAGGGGAUCAUUGGAUCCUCUUGCGCCUGGAUUGGCGAUGCACGGGUGUCAGUCCUCGAGCUAUGCCUUGGGGCACCCGCACCGUGGGUUUUCUCGCCAGCCAUAG